UAUGUAAGUUGCUGCGCCCCGCCCCAAAAUGCGGAUAUACAAGACCCCCGAUUUCCCAUGGUUCUCUCUCUUCAUCCUCCGCCAUUGUGGUGACAAGACAGGGGAGGCGUAAUGUCGUCCCACAAAACCUACAGAAUCAAGCGCUUUCUCGCGAAGAAGCAGAAGCAGAACAGGCCAAUUCCUCAGUGGAUCAGAAUGAAAACCGGCAACAAGAUCAGGUACAAUUCCAAGAGGAGACACUGGAGGAGGACAAAGUUGGGUCUGUAGUGUGGCCCAUCACACUCUUGGCAUCUCCCGAACCCUCAGUGGGACCACCAACUCGAGCCUGGAGAGAAGCCAUGGCAUCUGGAACAGCGGUCUCUUUGUACAGAUAGUAGGGUUUUGCUGUGAAACAAUAAAACAUUUGUUAUAAGAUCUGAA